AUGGCAAAGGUUUUGAUCGUUAAUGUUGCUUUCCUUUUUAGAAGUUUAGAUACUGAUGACCUAUCUUCAACCAAACCAGAAAACAAAACGAUUUUCAAAAAUGAGGAGAACAGAAAGCACAUGAUGCAAGCUAUAAUGAAUGGAGCCUACAAACCUUCUUCACACCCAGUUGGAACGGCUCCUGAUAUUCUUAAUAUUAUUGUGAAUAUCACCGGUUGCAUUCCACAAUAUAAAGCACCAACCUGUGCCAAAAAUUGCCUGGCCUCUAAAUACAGGCAAAUAAAUGGAGCCUGCAACAACAGAAAACAUCCUACCUGGGGGGCAUCAAAUACAAUUCUAACUCGGUGGCUUCCAUCACAAUAUGAAGAUGGGAUGAAUGAGCCGAAGGGCUGGAAUCCAGAUUUCCUCUACAGCAGUUUUCUACUGCCGCCAGUUAAAGUAGUUACAAAGAAAAUAAUUAAUGCAUCAAACAAAGAUUUUCAUGAUGAUGGAUUGUAUUCACACAUAAUCGUUGAAUGGGGCCAGUAUAUAUCCCAUGACAUGGCUUUUACACCACAAAGUAUCACAAAAUGGCCAACAAUGUGGGGAGUCGACUGUCGCUCUACUUGUGACAAUCAGAAGUCUUGUUACCCCAUAAAGAUACCUACCAAAGAGUCUUUUUCGCAAAAUGGCUGCAUUCCAUUUUAUCGCUCUACAGCAGCAUGUGGAACUGGAGAUCAAAAUGUCAUACUUGGAAUACCAUCUGCUGAGAAUCCAAGAGAACAAGUUAACACUUUAACUUCAUUCAUUGAUGCAUCUACAGUCUAUGGCAGCACAGCAGCUGUAGAAAAGAAAGUGAGGAACUUUUCCAGUGAGGAAGGACUGCUGAGAGUAAAUACUCAAUAUUUUGAUCAUGGAAGAGACUACAUGCCAUUCGUAGAUGACACUCCAUCACUCUGCCUUCAAGAUCCUCAUUCUGCUUCUAAAGAAAGAAUUGAAUGUUUCUUUGCUGGUGAAAGUAGGUCAAAUGAAGUCAUAUCUUUGGCAGCAAUCCAUACAUUGUGGGUGAGAGAACACAAUCGAUUGGCCAAAGCUUUGAAGAACCUCAAUCCUCACUGGACCUCUGAAACAACAUACCUGGAGGCUCGAAAGAUUGUUGCUGCUUUACAUCAGAUAAUCACAGUUCGCGAUUAUAUUCCUAAAAUCGUUGGUUCAUCAGCCUUUCAUCAGUAUAUGGGCAACUAUCAAGGAUACGAUGAAAACGCAGAUCCCUCAAUUUCAAAUGUAUUUUCAACAGCAGCAUUUCGCUUUGGCCAUGCAACCAUACCUCCCAUUCUGCACAGAUUGGAUUCUCAGUAUAGAGACCACCCGCUUUAUCCAAAACUUCUACUGAACGAAGUCUUCUUUCGGCCAUGGAGGAUAAUAAAAGAAGGUGGUUUAGUUCCAUUGAUAAGAGGUCUGUUAGGAAAACCAGCAAAGUUGCCGACACAGAAGGAGCUUAUGAAUGAAGAGUUAACAGAAAAGCUGCUUGUGCUAUCCAUUAAUGGUUCAAUGGAUUUGGCAUCCCUUGAUUUGCAGCGGGGUCGUGACCAUGGCUUACCAGGAUACAAUGACUGGCGAGAAUAUUGCAAAUUACCAAGAUUGGACACUUCAGCAGACAUGACAAUGGUUAUUUCUGAUGCAAAAAUAAUCAGUAGAAUUAUGGAGCUAUAUGAGCACCCUAAUAAUAUAGAUGUGUGGCUAGGUGGCUUAAUAGAAGAUCUUCUUCCUGACUCUAGAACUGGACCUUUGUUUGCAUGUCUAAUUACAAAGCAAAUGAAAGCACUGAGAGAUGGAGACAGGUUUUGGUUUGAAAACCCCAUGGUGUUUACUGAGACUCAGAGAAAGGAACUUGAGAGGCAUUCUCUUUCCCGUGUAAUUUGUGAUAAUACAGGCCUGAGUCAUGUACCACCUGAUGCCUUUCUUACAGGAAAAUAUCCAGAUGAAUUUGUAUCAUGUGACAGUGUGCCCAGCCUAGAUCUCAAGGUGUGGAAGGAGGAUAUCGAACAAAGUACAUCCUGUGGCCUUCCAAUGAAGAUAGAAAAUGGUGCCUUUGUGUUUUGUUCAGAGGCCGUGCUAAUUUAUUUUUGUUACUCUGGCUAUUACUUAGAAGGACAUGAAGAAUUAGUCUGUCAAGGAAAUCACUGGAAUACCAAACCCCCAUUUUGUUCAGAUAUCGAUGAAUGUUUGGAUGAAGUGAAUCCCCCAUGCCAUUCUUCUGCAACAUGCAAGAACACCCAAGGCAGCUAUGAAUGCACCUGCACAGAUCCAUACCAACUCACUGAAGAUAAAAGGACCUGUAUAGAUUCUGGGCGCCUACCUCAUGCUGCCAUAGUAUCAAUCGUUGUAGGUGCCAUCCUUCUGGCUUCCUGGGCUGCACUGUGCUGGAUUUUAGUUUGCAGAGGAGAACUUCUCUUCAAACCCAACAAGUCCAACAGCGGUGAAGAUCUGACAGAAUCAUCCCUACAAAUGAAUUGUUCCAAAUGUCACAGAAUAUCUCUGUCCUUUCCAUCAAUACCCUUAGAACCAAUCCAUAAGGAAACAAACAAUGGUCACCAUAUUUUACUUCAUGUGUGA